AUGGGUCAAUUGACCCCAGCCGAGACUUCCAGUACGGUGGGUUCGCCAGCUUCAACUGAAUCCCCCGAGAUUAUGCCUUCGCCUAUUGCUCAUGUGCCUCAUCAUCACCACGGCAUGCCCAUCCUUCAGAUGGAUCUUCUACCAGAGGAACGUCUAUUUUGGGAGAACUACUCCACAGAAACAUACUUCAACACGCCUUCUGAUCACAGACCGGCCCUCUAUACGCAUAUUGCCCUCUGGGUGAGCUCCUACUUGUUCUUGUACCCGUUGGUGCUUGUUUUCUCGAAUACCAAGUCAAGACUAUACUUCCCUGCCUUGACGGUUCACGUCGCUGCCAUUGUGGUUUCCGUGAUUAACUACUGGGUGUUUGCAGGCUCCAUCCGUGACUUGUACCCAGGCAAUGCAUUCCAUCCCAUGACGGCCAUUCUUUUUGUGGGGUCCAUAGUGCACUGGGCCGUGGCGCUUGUUGCUACCGCUUACUCGUCGCUUGAUAUCGAGUCACACGCGUAUUAUGCCGUGGACGACGAGGACGACGAUACUUCCUCGCUCAAUUCGCCUACUCUGACCUUGAGAGAAUCCCAGCUGGACUCCUUUGAGCUCGAUGACUUGCGUCCUGGCCUCUCCAAUGGCCACUUGAACACGUCCAAUGGCUCCAUGAUUAAUAAGCCUAACUUUAUUACCGCUUUCGUGCUUCGCUUCCCUUUGUUUGAACGCGUUGUCUCCGCUUUCGGUAAGACUGCUCAGGUCCUCACUGCUGUGCUCAAUUGGAUGCUGUUCUUCUACUUCUUUGUCUACUCGGGUGUUGCUGUGGCUACCUACGCGGUUUAUGGUGCUGACAGAACCAUGUUCAACUUGUUGGCUCAUUUCAUCAAGGGCGGAGUCUUCUUCAGUUUGGGUGUACUCUCGUUGGCCCGUUACUGUGGUGCCUUCCGUGCAAAGGGUUGGGCUUGGAACCAUUGCUUCAUCUCUGCGAAGAAAGCUUACCAAGGUUGGUUCAAAUGGCAACCUACUGGUCUUUGGUCAAUGGAAUUCGUCGAAUCCUCGUUGAUCCUCUUCUAUGGCUCCACCAACAUCUUCUUGGAGCACUUGGCUAGUACUGAUGGCGAAUGGACCACUAAGGAUUUGCAGCACGUUUCGAUUGCCUUCAUUUUCCUUGGAUGUGGCCUUUGUGGUGUUUUGGUCGAGAAGAAGUUGAAUGACUUCAGAUAUCAGAAAGCUAUCGAGCACAUGGCGCUUGUAGCUGAGUCGAAGGAUGUCGCUCGUGUGGCUAAGGCCAUGCCUGGCUUCUCCCCUAACCCAUUCCCCAUCUUGACCAUCUACUGGACCGGUGUGCUCAUGUCUAAGCACGAGCAGGCAUCUCAAUUGUCCACUGCUAUCCACACUCAAUGGGGUAACUUGUUCGUGGUUGGAUGCAUGUUCAGACUUUUAACGUAUGUCCUUCAGAUGGUCACUCCCAUCAACAGCAAGUCUUUGACCAGACCUCUGAGCCCCAUGACGGAGUUGGUUGUCAGUUUCGCCUUAAUGUGUGGCGGCUUGAUCUUCAUGGAGUCGUGUGAAGCUGUGGUCUACUCCUUUGAGUACUACGGCUACUCUGCUAUGUUCACAUUGAAUGUGUCCCUCGGUGUUGUCACUCUCCUCAUGGCUUGGAUCAUGUCCGUCUUCGCCUUCAAGGACUGGCUCCAGGCAAAGAAGAACUCGCUCACCACCUCUAUUGCAUAA